AUGUAUUACAGAGAUCUUUUAUUAUAUCUUAAUACAUUAAUUAGUAUGAUUGUACGGCAUUUAUUUUAUAUUUUUCCUACAUGCUUAAUAUUAGCAUUUUUUAUUGAUUAUACAAAUGGUCAAGCAUUGAAUGAUCCUAUCACACAAUACAUUGAAGGUAGACUAGGAAAUCGUAGAAUAUUUUGGUGCCCCUCAGGAUAUGGAUAUUUAGCUUAUUGUCCACAACCAACUGAUUGGGAUAAUUAUAAUUGGUGUUGUACCUGGCCAUAUAUGGGAAGUUGGAAACCUUCCUGUUGUCCAUUUGCAAUUCCUACAGGUGCUGUUGUUGCUAUAAUAAUAGCUUCCAUAGUUUUAUUAGCAGUUUUAAUUGGAAUGAGUUGUUGGUGUUGUUAUUGUUGUCCAUUAUAUAAACAGUUAUAUGAAUAUGAAGAUGAUCCAAAUUAUGAAGGAAGAUAG